AUGCGAGGGGGAGAGGGUAAGGGCGAUGGUAAGGAGACCGACCGAGAGGAAAAGAAGUCAUCGGUUCGCGAACGGGGCGGCUUUGGAUUCUCGCCGUGCGCCGGGCGAGAGCUAAUAGGAGGCGUCGGCAAUGGCGAGAAGGAAGAUGAGAAGAAUGCAUUCGUCUUCGAGCCUGGCGGCGUCGCCACGGAGAGGGAAGAUGCGAAGACGUUGGCAGUUUUCGUACUUGAGGCCGCUGGUGCAAGGCUCAGAUUCGAGCGAGGUGGCGCCGCCGUCGGUGGGAGUGGCGGUGAGGAGGAAGGGGUAGCGAACUCAUGCCUGGACAGCGGCGGCGAGAGCAACAUCUUGAGGACACGACCAGCGGACUUGGGGGAUGGAGAGAGACGGGGAGUCUAUGAGACGAAUGGUACAAGAAAUAGAUAG